AUGACGACAAGCAGCCAGCCGGCACGCUCAAAAGACGAGCUGCGCACCCAAUUCAUCGACCAUCUACGAAAUCAGAAGGGAUACAUCUUUUUGACGAAAGUGGUACGCGAGGCGGUGAUUCGAAUGCUUGACGAGAAGAGGAGCUACCCGGUCCUUAGCGAUCAAGAACUAAUCUCGCGGUCUGUCAUCUACCACUGGCUACAAAACUCGUCGCUCGAAGCGACGGCUGAAUUGCUACAGGCUGAAACGUACGAGAGGCUGCUCACCCGAGAUGAGUUGACAAACUUUGUGAGCGGAUAUGCGGAGAACGGGCUUGAUGGAUUAUUGCGGGGGAUGGCAGCGAAAACUGGCAGAAAGAUCCCCCGGGAAUCCUGGGUCAGCGGGCAGCCCGUCGGAAAAUUCGAGUUUGAAGAGGUGAAGGAGGCGAUGACAUCACAUUUGGUGGAUAGGCAAAAAGCUGUGGAUAUCUCGAUGCCAAUAGAGAGACCGGCUGAUGCUCCAAAGGCACAACCAAUUCGACCUCUACAAUCGAAUACGGCUUCUUCUUCUGCUUCUCUAUUCCCAGCCCUUACUUCGAGUCUACCGCCAUUGGGAGGCUCCCUUCCGCCCCUCGGCCUCUCCACCUCCUCCACCGCCUCGCGAACCCAGCAAAUGCGCAGUAUAGCGGCUCUCGAUUUUUCUGAAAAACUGGACUCCCCCGUCUCGUCAGCCGCUUCUGAACCUGAGGAACACUCGCUGAAAAGCGGGCUUAGCUCGCUGCGCUCUGAAAAACCGUCCCAAAACUCGGCAGACAGUCACAAAUCUUCGGCAAAAAGAGAGCCAAUAACCCCGAAAUCGCCUCCGAGGGAAGAUGAGGAUUUGGAGGUGGAGGAGCUGAGCGAGUUGGACGUGGACGAUUUGCUACAAUCUGAUGCCGGGUCAAGCAUUUCUUUC